AUGAGCGGCUUAAUGGAAUACAAUGGCUCGGCCAUUGUCGCCAUGGCAGGCGACAAGUGUGCCUGCGACUCUGGGCGGUGCAGGGUCAUUGCGGGCGUGUCCUUUGGCUUGUGGCUGUCGGCUUCGCCCAGGCAGAAGACUUUCCAGGUGCCCGAGGCUCAGGAGGGUGCGACUGGAGCGCGUCAUGCAGCCUCGGAUGAUCGGCAACAUGCUCUCGUCCAUGCUGUGAGCCGGCAGAAGAAAGUUCUCGUGAUCGUGAGUUUCACAUUGUAUGAGAAGCGUUUUGGGCCCUGGUUCACAGAGCCGGUCGUGGCCGGGCUCGACAAGGAGCAGAAUCCGUUCAUCUGUGGGUUCGACUUCAUCGGCUGCCUGUCUACUGCAGAGGACUUUGUAGUGUCUGGCACGACUUCAGACCAGCUCUUUGGUGUCUGUGAGUCUUUCUGGCGCCCGGGCAUGAACAAGGAUGAGCUGUUCGAGACUCUCUCCCAGUGCCUGCUGUCCGGCGUGGACCGAGACUGCCUAGCAGGAUGGGGUGGUGUUGUCCACAUCAUCACGCCUGACGAGAUCAUCACAAAGAAGCUCAAAGGACGUGCGCGUCUCAUGGCUCUUCUGUCUUGA